GUUGUCAACAGUCACACAACCCCGCUGCCUGGGCCUUCCGCUUCACCGCUAUAAGUAGCGGAAUGUGGAGAGACGGCGAUGCUGUUUUCGCAAAAUCGUCUAAAAAUUUAUUCUACUUCCUUCCUGAUUCCUUUCUUAUUAAAAGUUUUUUUCUCUUGUUCUUCGCUUAAUCUUCACUUUAACGAACCUUUUUUAGAUUCUUCAUUCGAGUUGUGGCUGCACUCUCGGUCCUUGAACUGUUUUGGUUCUUUCUUUCUCUCUGUUUGGUUCCCGGGAAAACUGUUUUGAUUCCCGUUCUUUUUGCGCCUUUUAUUUUGUGUUUCUCUACUCUUCCCGUUCUUUUUCUUUUUAAAAGCUCUUUGUGUCAUUUGUGAUCUACCGUCUACCAUUAUUUGUAGAAUAAUGGAACACUUUCAAAACGACGAUCUCGAAUACGUUGUCGAUGACUACUACGACGUUGACGAUUUCGAACACGACGAUCCCUUCGCCGAACCUGAGCCUCAGAGAGACACCGCUGAAUUUGACUCCGACUUUGAAGAUGAUUUUGAAUCAAGUAAGCCGCAAACGGAUACAUCAGCUGUGGAAGCAAGAAAUGGAAAAGAUAUACAAGGAAUUCCUUGGGAGAGGCUUAAUUUUACUAGAGAUAAGUACCGCGAGGCGAGAUUGAGACAGUACAUGAACUAUGAGAACCUCUCUGGUUCUCGCAAAGAGUUGGAAAAGGAGUGCUUGCAUGUAGAGAAGGGAAAGGCCUUCUAUGACUUUCAGUUUAACACAAGGCUUGUCAAAUCGACAAUUGUGCACUUUCAGCUGAGAAAUCUGGUGUGGGCAACAUCAAAGCACGAUGUAUACCUCAUGCAAAAUUACUCAGUAAUGCACUGGUCAUCACUGUUACACAAAGGCAAAGAAGUGCUGAAUGUGGCUAAGCCAAUUAUUCCCAGCCUGGUUAGUGAGAAACGACCUGGAUUGCUAUCUCAGCAACUCUCUAGGGUGCAGAUUAGCACUAUGGCGGUUAAAGAAAAUUUAUUGGUGGCAGGUGGUUCUCAAGGGGAGCUUAUUUGCAAGUAUUUAAAUCAACCUAGGGUGGCAUUCUGCACAGAGUUAACUACUGAUGACAAUGCAAUCACCAAUGCGGUGGAUGUGUACCGUAAUCCUAGUGGUGCAAUGAGAGUUAUGGCUGCAAAUAAUGAUGCUCAAGUCAGAAUUUUUGAUGCUGAAACUUUUGCUAGCCUUAACCGCUUCUCAUUCGACUGGUCUGUCAAUAAUACCUCUGUAAGUCCAGAUAGCAAGUUGCUUGCAGUCCUUGGAGAUAGUGUGGAGUGCCUGAUUGCCGAUGCUCAGUCUGGCAAAGUCACAAGCAACCUAAAAGGGCAUUUGGACUAUUCAUUUGCUUCAGCUUGGCACCCUGAUGGGCAAAUUCUGGCUACAGGUAAUCAGGACACUACUUGCAGAUUGUGGGACAUAAGAAACCUAUCCAAGUCCCUUGCUAUAUUGAAGGGAAUAAUGGGAGCAAUUAGAGCUGUCAAGUUCACAUCAGAUGGUCGGUUUCUGGUCAUGGCUGAGCCAGCAGAUUUCGUUCAUAUCUUUGAUACGAAGUCUGGGUAUGUUAAUUACCAAGAAAUUGAUAUUUUUGGUGAGAUUGCUGGAAUAUCUUUUAGCCCAGAUACAGAAUCUCUCUUCGUUGGUGUUGCUGAUCGCACUUAUGGCAGCUUGUUAGAGUUCAACCGCAGGCGAUAUAACCAACAUUUAGACUACAUCUUGUAGAAUGUGUCAGUCAGUAUCCAUCAGAGGUAGAUUAUUGUGAAUAUUUAGCACUGGAUUGGAUUACAAAAGAAUCCACAAAGGGGAACACUGCCGCAGAUGUGUUUUUUUUUUUUUUUUUUUCCUAUUUGGAACUGGAUGGCUGUAAAUGUUAGGUGUCUGUCGAAGUGUCGUGCUAAAACUUGGGUUCCAGUUUUUUUGACCAAAGUCAAUGUUUAGCCGCCAACUCCGUCACGUGGGGUCUGAGAUUAUUGGCUUUUCGUCCAAGAUUAGGUCAUUGAUUGUUUCUACAUUUUAAUUUUAAACCCUUCAUUUCAUAUGCCAGCGCGAAAUAUUUUGAAUUCAUGGUUAUUAAGGGCUAGCUAGCACAACUAUAAUUGGCGGAGAAGCAGCUCUAGUCACUGAGAUCAAUUGCUACCCUAAUCCAGAAAUAACUUCUUUGAUAGGAAUGGUA